UCCAUGCAACAUAACCUAAUCGAUCACUCUUCUUCCCACUGUACACGCCGAUUCUAUCUUCUUGUUCUCACCGUCGCACUCCUCUCUCCUACACUCACGCGUACCUGUCGUCGUUCCUCUCCCUUUCUCCUCCCUAACCUGCUAUCGCUGUCGCCUCUCUUCUCACCUGCUCCUCUCACCAUCGCCGCUCCUCUCAUCCAUGCUCACACAUCCCUGUCAUCGCCACUGCCAGUCGACGCCACCCCUGCCAGCCGCUGGCCUCCAUUGUGCGUCUCCACGACGAUUUCUCCGCAACACUGCCUCCCCGCGAUGUAAGAAUUUCCUCCGCAACACUACCUCCACCACGAAGAGCCCCAACCUUCAUCCCUCCUCCUCAUAGGGUUUCUGUUCUCCCCUAAGGUAAUGGAGGCACCGCUGAGGCUGUUGCGACUUUGGUGCUUGGUCCAGAACUAUGAUUAGGGACGCCGUGGGGAGGAUUCGACGAUGGCGCGUCUGUUUGAGUGGAACUCUAACUCCCAGAUCGAUUUAUCUCGUCCUUACGCAGAGUUCUAGAUGGGCACACAUGAGUCGGGACCUUCCUUUGCGGGCUCGGAUUCGGAGGAAAUUCCACUUAAGAAGUGGAUUCGGGAGAACCCUGGUGCUCUGGGAGAAAAGGUCUUGGCGAACUAGGGAACAGACUGCCUUUCUUGUUCAAGAUAUUGUCAAGUGCACCCAAAUAAGGAGUUAGCAAGGAUGCUUCAUAUGAUGCAACCAAAUGUUUACAAGGACCCAAACCAUAAGCCAGAGAUGGUGAUCACUUUGACAGAGUUCAAAGCGCUAUGUGGUUUUGUCAGCAUGGAGGAACUCAAGGAUGUCCUUAUCGAUGUGCCUAGAAUUGCAGAGCUGCUUGGAAUUCGUACUUUUGAUGAUUUUCUUUGGGAUGGAUUGGUUGAAUAUCUUGAUGCCAAUGAAGAGAACAAUGCAUUGAUAGCGUUGUAUGAAUGUGAAAAUGACACGGAUGAUUCUGAAAAGAAAAAGUGUGAUAUAACCCACAUAGAGAUUGAGCCUUUGACACUUUUAGGUGUUUGUGCUGGUUUAAUUCCUUAUCCUCACCACAACCAAUCUCCACGUAAUGCAUACCAGUGUGCAAUGGGGAAACAAGCUAUGGGUAAUAUUGCUUACAAUCAGACAAGUAAAUUAUAGAUACAACUUUAGCAACAUAUUGAUUUAUGUCAAAAUUCUCAUAUCCUAUGGUCAUAGCACAUAUGAGUACUAACUUACCCAAUUAUUUGGGGAAGUGAAUUUAGUCUCUAUCUGAAUUCUUGGACAUUUUAGGACUAGAUCUUUUAAGGCAAAUGCAUUGAUUUUCUGCCUCAAGCAUUGUUAUUGAGCUUUUCUAUAUGCAUAUUCCUACAUCCUGUUAAAAUGAUUCGGCUGAUCCCAAUUCAUUCAACUAUGGUUGUCAAAGUUUGUAUUGUUAUAUGGAUCACAUAAUUUAAAACUUCUGAAUAUUCAUUUGCGUUUGACGGAUAGGAACAACAAAAUUGAAUUAGUUGGAAAAUAAAAAAACAUGACAUGACAUUCCAACCAAGCAAUUUAUUAGUUUAUUGAUAUAUCACAUUAAAUUUUUUUCUCAUUAUGAGAAACUUAGAUCAUGAUCUAGGUAUUACUUCGAGGAUGUGCGAUUGUGUGUGAGGAGAAGAGUGUUGUUCGACAUUCUUGUGGAGGAACAUAUUGCAAGAGAGCAAUGGAGGAGAAUGAAGCUUCAACUUCUUCCGACAUUGUGUAGAGAGUCAUCAAUGGUGCAAGGCAAGGAGAAGAGCAUUGUUCUUUGUUGUUCGCAAGGAGGACAAAUGAGCAAGUGACUAGAUGAGCAUGAAGUUUCAUUCCAUGCUUGGGAAUGAAGGCUUUCUUCAGCGUUCAAAGCAAACUUAUUAAUCAAUGAGCAUGAAGGUUCAUUCCACUCCUCAACGAAGAAGGAUCACUGAGCAAGUGACUGGAUUAUUAUUAUAAAUAAUAAUAAUAACAAUCUAUAGUUAUAAAUAGUUUGAGAAUUAAUAGUAAAGUAUUAAUUAAUUAAAUUAAUUAAUCUAACUCAUUUUAUUCAAUCAUAUGAUUAAAUUAAUUAAAUUUAAUAACAUAAUUAAUCAAAUUAUUUGAGAUUAUAUUCAAAGUUAGUCAUUUUUUUUAAUUUAAUGGAAAUAACAGAUCAAAUUUGAUUAAAUUAAAUCAGAGUAUAACUUAAUUAACCUAGUUAUUUGGAGUAUUCUGAAAUAGUUAAGAGUUUUUUACAACACUUUGGAAUUCAACCUGGAGCCCAGUGGAUCUGGCCUAUUUUCUAGUUUGGUUCAAGCUUAUUGGUUCAGGUCUGUUUAUCCCCAACCCUAACGACAGUGGUUACUUUCUAUUGAUUUUUGUGUUGCUUGAAUAUUUCAUUUAGUUCUUUUGGACAAGAUGCUGACAACAAAACGAAGAAGUUUUUUGCUAGGUGAAGUAACUGAUGCCAAUGUAAAUGCAUAGUGAUCUUAGGUUUGUUGUAUUAUUUGUUAAUGGACUGCUGUCUGUUAUAUUCUGUUAUGUUAUGCAUAUAUGCAUGUUGCUCCUGAUUUUUAAUUGACUUAUGCACAUAUAGCUAAGUGCUAAUGUCUUUUAUAGUGUUAGAUCUUAUGGCAUUUCAGAAUCACUUACAAUUGCCCUAGCGAUAGAAAUGCUGGCACUGGAUUGUAUGAUAUUUAUAUUUGCCAAGAUAUUUAUUCUUUGACCUGUAUUCAUUCUGACAGCUUUGUCGAGCGGAUACUUUGCUUUAUUUGUUGGUGUAUCCCCAACGCCCAUUGCUGACAACUAAAACAAUUGAACUGGUGUGCAUUUUCCCUGUUAUGAUGGGUAUGCUUUAUGAGUUGUUUCUAACAUUUUUUACCAUAUUGGAUACGAUAUGCUAGGAGCUGGGCAGAAUGCAACUGUUGUUGUUAUGAGUUACAGUGGAUAUGACAUUGAGGAUGCAAUUGUCAUGAACAAGUCGUCUCUUGAUCGUGGUUUUGGCCGUUGUAUAUCAAUGAAAAAGUAUCUUUUGAUUCAACAAAAAUUGUGGCAAAAGGAGUGCUUCUCAACAUGGAUCCAAAUAAUAUAGUAGGGAGACAAAAACUAGGACCAAAUUGGUGUGAAGUACAAGUACUAGUUGUCCUAGAACCCGAAGAAAAUUUAAUUAGAUCUUAUGAUCUUUUACAAAGAUUUGAGGAUACACUUGGAGGAAUGAUUGCUUGACCUUGUCAUCUGUUGGCAAUAAGCGAAGAUUUCUAUUAGUGCAUAUAGAAUGAUACUUUAUAUGUUUCUCGUUUGGUGACAGGUACUUGGAUUUUGCAUAUGAUGGUUGAAGAUGGUUGAUAGUAAAUUAGUUGAGUUUUUAUUUUAUAAGGCUUAGUUUUAAAAAUCAAUGAUUUAUUAGUAUUUAGUUAGCAUUGGAUUCAAUACUUUUAUAUCAGUAUUGCAUUUGUACUUUUAUGACGAUGGGAUGAAUUGUGAUGAUAUGGUGAAUGAAUUGGAUAUUUUGGAUGUAAAACGUUUUUAUCCUUAUUGUGGUGAAUUGUGAU